AGUGGAAGAAUUGCAGCGUUUCCACAGAUAAAGUUUUCUCCUUUAAAGUGAAGCAGGAAUGGAGUCUUUCAGCUUUUUAUUGGUAACUCUCCUCUUGGGACAUUGCAGCGUCUUAACAAUCGAGAGAGAUGAGGCUGCUGGACAUACAAGUCUAUCAUCAGGCUGUGUUCUGCCAAAACAAUGUCCAUUGACUGGCUAUGAGGACUGGUACAGAGUGGGGUCACGCUGUGUCAGAUACUUCGGCAGCCCUCUCAACUUUUCUGAUGCUGAGUACAGCUGCAGAAACCAAGCCCCUGGUGGACACCUGGUGUCAGUGCAUAACUCAGAGGCUAAUGAUGAUCUGCUCUGCAUUGUGAUCAGGUAUAACCCACAAAACCUGCGCAUCUGGAUCGGAGGCUUUGAGUUUUUUCAGUCUGGUAGAUUCAUCUGGACUGAUGGUUCCUCCUGGAACUAUCAAACUUGGACACCUGGUGAGCCUAACAACUACAACUCAAGAGAAGACUGUGUGGAAAUGAACUUUAAUCAUGUUGGCAAAUGGAAUGACUUAGCUUGUCAUGAUAAACAAAACUACAUCUGUGGCUUCAAAGUGAAGACAUCUUUGACUCAGACUUUGGGCCUAGACUGAACUUUUUUUUAUCAUUGCAUGAAACCUUCAGCAUGAAACAUUGUCUUAAAUUGUGAAAAUGCAAUGUGUUUUCAAAUGAAUAAAAAAUUGUAUUCUAAUAAAAUUAAU